AUGCCGUCGCUCAACGGGGUUCCGACGGCGCAAUUGGCGACCAACGGCACCGAAGAGAGCCUCAAUGGCUACUCUCGCCCCGAGACGCCCACGGGCGGCAUGGCCCUGACCGAGUACAGCAUCAACCCGUCGCCGCCAUCGGAGGAGAAGCGCAACCGCAUCAAGGCCCUCGUCCCCGAGGACUAUUUGCUUCCCAACGGCUACCCUGACUACCUGCGCAUGAUUGCGAGCGCCACCUCGCGCGUCUACGAGGCCUGCCGAGUCACACCUCUGACCCACGCCGUCAACCUCAGCAAUCGACUCGAGUGCAAUGUCCUUCUCAAGCGCGAGGACACACAGCCCGUCUUCAGCUUCAAGCUGCGCGGCGCCUACAACAAGAUGGCUCACCUCGACCCCGCCCAGAGCUGGAAAGGCGUCGUCUGCUGCUCGGCCGGCAACCACGCCCAAGGCGUCGCCUUUUCGGCGCGCAAGCUCAAGAUCCCCGCCACCAUCAUCAUGCCUGAGGGCACCCCGAGCAUCAAGCACACAAACGUCGCCCGCCUCGGUGGCCACGUCGUUCUGCACGGCGCCGACUUUGACGCGGCCAAGGAGGAGUGCGCGCGCCGCGAGAAGCAGGACGGCCUCAUAAACAUCCCGCCUUUCGACGACCCGUACGUCAUCGCCGGCCAGGGCACCAUCGGCAACGAGCUCUUUGGCCAGGUCAACAUGUCCAAGGUCGAGGCCAUCUUCUGCUGCUGUGGCGGUGGUGGCCUCAUCGCCGGUAUCGGUCUAUACGUGAAGCGAAUGGCGCCCCACGUCAAGAUCAUCGGCGUCGAGGCCCACGACGCAAAUGCCAUGGCGCAGUCACUAAAAAAGGGCGAACGCGUCUUUUUGAAAGACGUUGGCUUGUUUGCAGAUGGCGCGGCUGUCAAGACCCUUGGCGAAGAGACGUUCCGCAUUGCCCAAGACGUUGUAGACGAGGUUGUCGAGGUGACGACCGACGAGAUCUGCGCCGCCAUCAAGGACAUGUACGACGAUACCCGGUCGGGCCUGGAGCCGGCGGGUGCCCUGUCCAUCGCUGGUAUGAAGAAGUACGUCGCGCAGCGGCCAUCGCACGAUCCGAGCCGGACGCUCAUCGCCGUGACCUCGGGCGCCAACAUGAACUUUGACCGCCUGAGGUUUGUCGCUGAGCGCGCGUCGUUGGGCGAGGGCAAGGAAGCCCUCUUGGCGGUGACCAUUCCCGAGCGCCCGGGCGCUUUCGCGAAGCUCAUUGACUGCAUAAUGCCCCAUGCGGUAACCGAGUUCUCAUACCGAUAUGCGACGGGCGAGAGCGCCAACAUCAUGAUUGGCCUGUCGCUGACGGCGCCCGCCUCCCAGCGCAAUGAGGAGCUUAAGACGCUCGUCGAGCGCAUCCGGGGCGACGGCAUGAAUGUGACGGACCUGUCGGGCGACGAGCUCGCCAAGAGCCACGUCCGCUACUUGGUGGGCGGGCGGUCCGGCGUGCCCAACGAGAGGCUGUACAUGUUCAGCUUCCCCGAGCGGCCGGGCGCGCUGGAAAAGUUCCUGACGACGCUGCGGCCCAAGUUCAACAUCAGCCUGUUCCACUACCGCAACUACGGCGGCGACGUUGCCAAGGUCCUUGCCGGCAUCUCCUGCCCCGAGGACGAGGCCGGGGACCUGGCCCGCUUCCUGCGCGAGGUCGGGUACCCGUUCGAGGAGUGCACAAACUCGGAGGUGUUCAAGACAUUUUUACGCUCGUGA